CGCCGCGGCUGCCGGGCUUGUGGGAUCCGCGGCGGAGUCGGAGCCGGAGCCCCAGCCGCGGCGGGAGCCGUGUCCUGAGAGUUAGGGGGCGGGCCGGGUUCAUUCCUGGGGAGGGUGCUGAAGACUGGCGGGCGAAAACCCGGGGCCACCGCCCUCCCCACAGGCUGAGGGAGUGGACAUUCGGAGCCCCUGAGCGGCGGCGGCGGCGGCGGCGGCGGCGGCGGCGGGAGCCGGUCAAAGGGGGCGGCCCCUGGCGGCGACGCCCCCAGCCCAGCCCUGCCCUGCCCCGCUCCAUCCCCAGCCCCGGCCCGAUCGGCCCGCGGGAGACGUCGGCGGGGGCACAGAAAGGCGGCUCCGAGGGGGCCGGCGGGCGAGCCGCCUCUCCCGGGUCCUUCCACGUCCCUCCCGGGAGGGACCCACACCUGAGCCCGGACCCACCCCCCGCCCGGGGCCACGCUGGAUCCGCCUCCCGGCCUGGGUCCCGCCCGCCGGCUGCAGGUGGGCUGCUGCGCCCGAGCCGCGGGCAGUGGGCGGUGGGGAAGGAGGUGAGCCGCGUCCGCGCCGGCUGCCGCUCGGGUCCGUGCCCCCGCUGCUGCGCUCUCCGCCUCCCCUUUCCGCAAGCAGGGCGCGGAGCCGCGCGCCCGCCCCGCCGCCGCCGCCGCCUUGUCCCUCCGGGGCACCAUGGAGCUCUCCCUGUCGUCCGGAGGAGCCGCGGAGGCGCUGUCCUGGCCAGAGAUGUUCCCGGGAUUGGAGUCCGACUCGCCGCUCCCCCCGGAGGAGCUGGACGCGGUUGUCCCGGUCAGUGGGGCCAUGGCCGGUGGCAUGUUGGAUCGGAUUCUUCUGGAGUCCGUGUGCCAGCAACAGAGCUGGGUCCGCGUGUACGAUGUGAAAGGGCCACCUACCCACCGUCUGUCUUGUGGCCAGUCACCCUACACCGACACGACCACAUGGGAGCGGAAGUACUGCAUCCUCACAGACAGCCAGCUGGUGUUGCUCAACAAGGAGAAGGAGAUACCUGUGGAGGGAGGACAAGAGCAGCAGGCAGAUUCCACCAAAGGGCGAUGCCUGCGGAGAACUGUCAGUGUUCCUUCCGAGGGUCAGUUUCCUGAAUACCCACCAGAGGGCGCCGCUAAACUGGAGGUGCCAGCAGAAAGGUCCCCACGCAGACGGAGUAUCUCAGGGACCACUACAUCUGAGAAACCCAACUCUAUGGACACUGCGAAUACCUCACCCUUCAAAGUACCAGGGUUCUUCAGCAAGCGCCUAAAAGGCUCCAUCAAGAGGACCAAAAGCCAAUCAAAGCUUGACCGAAACACGAGCUUUCGGCUUCCCUCUCUUCGCAAUACCGAUGACAGGUCUCGUGGGCUACCUAAACUAAAAGAAUCCCGUUCUCAUGAAUCUUUGCUGAGCCCAUGCAGUGCCGUGGAAUGUCUGGAUCUUGGUAGAGGGGAGCCUGUAUCAGUAAAGCCACUCCAUAGCAGCAUCCUUGGACAAGACUUCUGCUUUGAGGUUACCUACUUAAGUGGAAGUAAAUGCUUCAGUUGUAACUCUGCUUCAGAGAGAGAUAAGUGGAUGGAAAACCUUCGUAGGACAGUUCAACCAAAUAAGGACAAUUGUAGACGAGCUGAAAAUGUUCUCCGUUUAUGGAUUAUUGAAGCCAAGGACCUUGCCCCUAAAAAGAAAUAUUUCUGUGAACUGUGCCUUGAUGAUACCCUCUUUGCUCGUACAACCAGCAAGACCAAAGCAGACAAUAUUUUCUGGGGUGAACAUUUUGAGUUCUACAGCCUUCCACCUCUUCAUAGCAUCACAGUUCACAUUUAUAAAGAUGUGGAAAAAAAGAAGAAAAAAGACAAGAAUAAUUAUGUAGGGCUAGUCAACAUCCCCACUGCCAGUGUGACUGGUCGCCAGUUUGUAGAAAAGUGGUACCCAGUGAGUACACCUACUCCCAACAAAGGAAAGACAGGAGGACCUUCUAUUCGGAUUAAAUCACGUUUCCAAACCAUCACCAUUCUGCCUAUGGAGCAAUACAAAGAGUUUGCAGAAUUUGUCACCAGCAACUAUACCAUGUUAUGUUCUGUUCUUGAACCAGUGAUCAGUGUGAGAAACAAAGAAGAACUAGCCUGUGCCUUAGUGCACAUUCUGCAAAGCACGGGAAGGGCCAAGGAUUUUCUGACGGACUUGGUGAUGUCUGAGGUGGAUCGUUGUGGAGAACAUGAUGUCUUGAUCUUCAGAGAGAACACCAUCGCCACCAAAUCCAUUGAGGAAUACCUCAAGUUAGUGGGACAACAGUAUCUUCACGAUGCACUGGGGGAGUUCAUCAAAGCUUUGUAUGAGUCAGAUGAAAACUGUGAAGUGGAUCCCAGCAAAUGUUCAUCCAGUGAACUUCUGGACCAUCAGAGCAACCUGAAAAUGUGCUGUGAGCUGGCUUUCUGCAAGAUCAUCAACUCUUACUGUGUUUUUCCUCGCGAGCUGAAAGAAGUGUUUGCAUCCUGGAAGCAGCAGUGCCUGAACCGCGGCAAGCAAGACAUCAGCGAGCGGCUCAUCAGCGCCUCGCUGUUCCUCCGUUUUCUGUGCCCGGCCAUCAUGUCUCCCAGCCUCUUCAACCUCAUGCAGGAGUAUCCUGAUGACCGCACAUCUCGGACCCUGACUCUCAUUGCCAAGGUCAUCCAGAACCUGGCCAACUUUGCCAAAUUUGGUAACAAAGAGGAAUACAUGGCAUUCAUGAAUGAUUUUUUAGAGCAUGAAUGGGGUGGAAUGAAGCGCUUUCUUUUGGAGAUCUCUAAUCCAGACACCAUCUCAAACACCCCAGGCUUUGAUGGUUACAUUGAUCUGGGCCGAGAGCUUUCAGUUUUGCAUUCCUUACUGUGGGAAGUAGUUUCCCAACUUGAUAAGGGUGAAAAUUCCUUCCUACAGGCGACCGUGGCAAAAUUGGGACCUCUCCCUCGUGUUCUUGCUGAUAUUACUAAAUCUCUGACUAAUCCUACACCAAUACAACAGCAACUGAGACGCUUCACUGAGCAUAACUCCAGUCCAAAUGUCAGUGGAAGCCUCUCCUCUGGGCUGCAGAAAAUAUUUGAAGACCCUACUGACAGUGAUUUGCACAAACUAAAAUCCCCAAGCCAGGACAACACAGACAGUUAUUUCAGAGGGAAAACAUUAUUGCUGGUCCAGCAAGCCUCCUCCCAGAGCAUGACUUACUCGGAAAAGGAUGAAAAGGAAAGUAGCCUCCCCAAUGGCCGCAGCAUCUCCCUCAUGGACCUUCAGGAGUCGCACGCAGCCCAAGCGGAGCAUCCGUCUGUUAUGCUCGACGUGCCCAUGCGCUUGACCGGAAGCCAGCUCUCCAUAACUCAGGUGGCCAGCAUCAAGCAACUGCGGGAGACCCAGAGCACCCCCCAGAGUGCACCCCAAGUGCGAAGGCCCCUGCACCCAGCCUUGAACCAGCCAGGCAGCCUCCAGCCUCUGUCCUUCCAGAACCCUGUCUAUCACCUCAGUAACCCCAUUCCCGCAAUGCCAAAGGCCUCUGUGGACUCCAGUUUGGAGAACUUAAGCACUGCCAGUUCCAGGAGCCAAAGUAACAGUGAAGACUUCAAACUCAGCGGACCCAGCAACAGCAGCAUGGAGGACUUCACCAAACGGAGCACGCAGAGUGAGGACUUCUCCAGACGCCACACCAUGCCCGACAGACACAUACCUCUUGCCCUGCCGCGGCAGAACAGCACGGGGCAGACCCAGCUCCGGAAGAUGGACCCAGCGGGGCUGGGCGCCCGAGCCAAAGCCCCGCCGUCCCUGCCGCACAGCGCCUCCCUGCGGAGCACCGGGAGCAUGUCGGUGGCAUCGGCGGCUCUGGUGGCCGAGCCCCUGCAGAACGGGAGCCGGUCCCGACAGCAGUCCUCUUCCUCCAGAGAGAGCCCGGUCCCCAAAGUGAGAGCCAUCCAGAGGCAGCAGACCCAGCAGGUUCAGUCACCUGUGGACUCCGCCACAAUGUCCCCAGUCGAGAGGACAGCAGCCUGGGUUCUGAACAAUGGGCAGUAUGAAGAGGACGUGGAAGAAACUGAGCAAAAUCAGGACGAAGCCAAGCAUGCUGAGAAGUACGAACAGGAAAUCACCAAACUGAAGGAGCGCCUGCGAGUGUCCAGCCGGCGACUCGAGGAGUAUGAGCGCCGGUUGCUCGUGCAGGAGCAGCAGAUGCAGAAGCUGCUGCUGGAGUACAAGGCCCGGCUGGAGGACAGCGAGGAGCGGCUGCGCCGGCAGCAGGAGGAGAAGGACAGCCAGAUGAAGAGCAUCAUCAGCAGACUAAUGGCCGUGGAAGAGGAACUGAAGAAGGAUCAUGCUGAGAUGCAGGCAGUUAUUGAUGCGAAGCAAAAAAUAAUCGAUGCACAGGAAAAACGGAUCGUGUCGCUGGAUUCGGCCAACACCAGACUGAUGAGCGCGCUGACCCAGGUGAAGGAACGGUACAGCAUGCAGGUCCGAAAUGGCAUCUCCCCCACCAACCCCACCAAGCUUUCCAUCACGGAGAAUGGUGAAUUCAAAAACAGCAGCUGCUGAUGGACGGGCCUCACAAAUAGACAGACUGUGGGAGGAGACAGAAGGAAACGUCCCCACUCUCCUGUCCCCAGCCCUCUCCCCAGCCCCACCAGGUUUACAGAAUGCCUCUGCUUCAGAACAGCAGGGUGGCGAGCAAGUCUGGACUGAAGAAAGGAACCUUGUCUUUCAGGGCAUAAGGCUAAGACUUCCAAGGUCGACGCUUCCCCCACCCCCACCCCAUGUCUCUAUGUACAUAGGGAACUUAGUUCUGGGCCAUGUACAGAAAAUACCACUGUAAUAUACCCAAAGGAAGUUAAUAAUGUAGAUUACCUUUUUAACUAUUGCUAUUUUUAUUGUUGUCCUCUUGUUGAAAGCACUGCAGUUGUUAGAGGAGGAAAUGUAGGAACUAUGUACGUGAAUGAGAGAUGAGCCCAGCCGCUCAGUAGGUAGAGACCACGCAUCUGUCUGAUAGAGCACACGGACCGUGACAGGACAUGGUCAGAAUGAAUUUUUCAGGGAUUCAUCUGCCAGGUUAAAAGCCCCGCUCUGGUUCCCUUGUCCUGUAGGAAAACAUGCAAAUUACCAAGAUCCAAAUGAAACAGUUCAUCCCACUGAUCAAGCGGGACUGGUUCUACGUGGACAGCUGAUCUGACUUGGGACACACUGUUCCAGAGGACACAGAUAAGAGCUGUUGCAUCGAAACCGGACUCUAGGAGGGGUUUCUGUUGAACUCCUGUUGAUGUUCGUUUCCUUCUGUCUGUAAGCAGAUGGAAAUUUUUCCACUUUAGGUAGGGGGCUUUUUUUUUUUUUAACCCCAGUUGUAAUAAAAGGUGUUCUUUUUCCUCUUUAGAGUUUACAAAACUAUAAAUAUCUGUGUCUCUAGAAACCAUCUUCAUCUUCACAUACCCACUUGCCCUUUCCUCCCCUUUGGUGGGAGCAGUCAUCACCAACAGGGUUUACUCUCCCCUGGAGAGGUUAUUCAAAUCUACUAUCCAUAAGCCAUCCGAAAGAAACACCCUUUCUUCUGUACAGAAAAGGGCUAACCAUAUCAUACCAUAGCAGGAAGCUCUGAAUAGUUCCUAUUAAAAAUUUUUAUUCUAUUUGUAAGUUACAACUUUGGUUUGGGAUAAAGAUUUUAUCCAGUGUACUAGCAGGUCUCGGGGCAGGGUAAUUUUAUCUCAGUCUUUCACUUUUAAAUUGCUUCUUCUUUUAAAUUUGGACAAGAAAUCCAAAUCGGAAGCAUUGCUCUCUUAAAAGUCAUGAUUACUCUUAAUGAAAAAUAAAAUACUGAAAGUGGGAGGACAGCGUAUUCCAGCUGUUAUUCCCAUGCUCUUUGUAGAUUUGGCAGUAAUAACCCAGUUUCACUAGUCGUCAUCCAUGGCUUUAUUGUAGGACAGAACAGUUAUGGAACUUCAUUUACUUCCUUUUUUUUUUCCAGAGGUAUGAAACGUCAUCUUAAAUGCAACCUUGAUUAUCAGAAGUAUGAAAUGUUACAAGUUAGACAGAUAGUAUAUAGACAAGUAUAUAUACACAUAUAUUCACACAUAUGUACAUAUAACUGCACAAAUAGGAAAAGUUCCUGCCUUCUAUGCUGUCGGAUUUAAUGUUACAAGGAGUUAGAAUCUCAUUAAGCAAGAUCUAAGCAAUUGCUUAUAUUGAGAAAGCAACCACAUUUCUCAAAUAAGUUAAUGAUGUUUAUUUUAAAUGAUAAACUUUAGGGAAUUUUUUUUUUAAGGGAGAGGAGGGAGGGGGAAGAAAAAACACCCCAGGAAGCCAUAUGCAUGGAGUAAGUGUUUCCACGUAACGGAGUACUUAGAACUACAAAGGGGACAAGAGAACAUUUAUCAGGUCCCCUUCUGGGUGAUGCCCCAACAGAGUCACCAAGCUUCCCUUUCCACUGUACCGCAGACUUGCAUUCUGACCUCUUAAACACUGCUCUCCAGUAGAUCUUUAUGUUUGACCUUGUAUCUCAACAACUUCACAUGGCCCCCGACCCACAGUCUUUUGAAAUAUGUCCCCUCCGUAACAUUCCCAUUUCUGCCUGUCGAAGAUCUAAAACAGGAGCUGCCUGGUGUGCUUAUCUGAUCUGCAGACAUCAUCCCACGUGUUUUAGCACUUGUGUAUUUUCUUGACCCCUGGUCAUGAUUUUAUAAAUUCUUAUCCCCUUUCCCUCCAAGUUGAGGGCACACUGUGGCCAAAAUCACUAAUUUGAAUAGGAAAAAAAAAAAACCUACCAAUUCUGAAGUAGUGCUCCAUGUUGGGGGAGAGGGUAUGUAAACACAGGUCUGUUCUUGUUUGUGACUAUUUUCAGCACUAGCCAUUCUGUAUAAUAGCCUUCAGAAAACCUGGUAAAAGAAUGGUCAGUUUCAGUGGCCUUAACUAUAGUUGGUGAUGUCUUGCACUGAGGUUUGGAGGUUCUCGGGUAGUGGUUAUGGAGACAGAGGUCUGAUAAACUGUUUUGGAGGGUUGGGGGAGACACACAAAACCAAAUACGUUUUUGAUGGAUGCAAUACAUCUUAUCAACAUUAUGUGAGCUUCUGGGAUGGCUGCCUCACUUGGAAGAUUAGAUGCCCAAAAUGUUUGUAUACGCAGGCCUCUGUUAUUAUCAGGUUAUCUUGAAUGAAGAGGAAAGAGUAUACACAAUUAAUAAAAUCAGAGGUAAGCUAGAAGUUCAGCGUAGUUGCCAGAUGUUAAAUUUUGGAUUAUCCUUUGAGCUUAUUCCUGUCUGAAUUAUUUUUUCUGAGUAUUUGUUUAGAGAAUGCUGCAGUCUUACAGAACUUAUUCCAAAAGAUGUUUUAAGUAUGGAAAAAGUCAGCAACAGCCAAUAAUUUUUAUGGAGGUAUUGCUCAAUUGGCUUUUCUUCAGCCCAAACAAGUCCACACCUCUGUUUUACUCAGAGGAGGUGUGUGUUUGAAGAGUAGCAGGUGGAUUAAGAUAGCACGUCUUGCACGCCUUCUAACACCCGACAUGUCCCCGCCUGAUGGGGUGCAGCGGGGACCAAGGCUGGAGUUUGGAAAUCAGAUGAAGUGCUGGCAGAAUGCUUGUCUAGCUGACAACCAAACUAGGCCAUUAAUAAGGACAACAUUGGCAGGAUUUAGGGAAAGAGCAGAUACUUCCCUCUUAUUUUCACCUGAGCAAUACGCUUUCUGGGCUGAAGCAGCAAGAAGUAAUAACAUUUCCUUCAGGUCAUCGCAUUCCGAGUGUCUGCAGUACAAGCCCUGAUGGAAGGGAGAUUGUAGCUAGGUAACUAAGACAAACACUUGAGCACUUACUAUGUUCCAGGCACUGUUACCAAGGUUCUGCUGGGCUCCAGGGCAGUCUGUUGUGAGAGAAGUGUGGUAAAAUGAGGUCAUCAUGCUGCUGUAACUUGGCUGUUUGCACUUGUCAUUGAGUUGGUCAGAAUUAGCUUUCUCUGGUCCACUUCUACCAUGCCCUGUGAUGGUCCUGGACAAGGAAAGCAAAAGCAGGAUUAACUAUCUAGGACUGCUGUAUGCCCUUGAGAAUCAACUUGACUUUCGAGGUAAAGCUUUCUAGAUCCUAGGCUGUUUACAGAUCUGUAGCUCUGCCGACCCUCAGUUCUCUGUCUGGCCUCAGAGGUGCACUGGGUUGAGAGCAGCUCUUUUUUGGAAGCCCCUGAGCAGGACCAUUGCCAUCAAGUGAGUUUGGUUACAGUUUGUCCUGCCUUCCAUCUAGGUUCAGUUCUAGUUAUCUCCAUUUUGGAGUUUCUGAGAAGACUGGUUGUGGGACUGAACUUGGGGAAGGAAUCCUCCUUGGGAUGACUGCAGGCCCGUGUGACCCUGACUAGAGUUGACACCAGACUAGACUUGUCACUGGGCCGGACUCAGUGGCUCUGGAGCCCACAGCUUCCCUGUGCUUUCAGCCGCUUCUCUGGGGGCCAUCUUCUUCACAUCAGGGGCUUUCUUCUUCAUUUCCCCUUCCCUUUUUCAGAUCUGAUAGUGAAAUCUCCUGUUCACUUCAGCAAUAAAUAGUUGCCUUCCCACCCCCUACCUGAGGGCCAGGGAUUUGGGAUACUUUGGUUUUUUAAUCAAUAUGUCCAUUGAAAGGGCCUAUUUUGUUUCCUUUUUUAAAAAGCAAGGUGUGUUGGGGUGUUAAAUUUUUAAGUAGACUCUCUUUUUGUGUUUGAGUGAUUGUUGUUAGUUCUGGAAGCAUUCUCUUGUUGUGACCCAGUUUUGAAUGCUCUUGAGUUUAGGAGGGACAAAGUGAUGAAAUUUGCCUGAGGUAGAAUAAAUAUCUUAUGAAGAGUGAAAGAACCUGAGAAGAUACAUGAUCCAAAAGGGGCUAGUGCACAGCAGUCUUCUUCAAAGCCCAACAGGUUCAAGGAAACAGGAGGAUUUAUUAUCCUUUGCCCAAUCUCAAAAUAUAUGAGAUACAUAGAAAGGCAGUUUCUAUAGAAACAUGACAUGGGCACCCACACAAAACACAUGAUUCUUAGGGCUUCCUUUUUCUGAAUGUUAAUCCAUCUCAUCAAGCAGUGAUUCCCAAACGUCUUGAGAUUUUUAGAUUUUAUGCCCUCAUCUGUCAGAUUGUAUGACAGUGGUUCUUUCCUCUUUAAAAUGUACCAUAUGUGUUAUAUGUAUAUAUGUUAAAGUGACUUGAAAUUGACUUGGUUUGACAUUGUCUCAAGAACCCAAGAUAACAUUAUUGAUACCUUGGGAAGUCAUAGAAAUAAAGUUGAAUGUCACUGAUCUGAGAGUAGAGUCCAGAAAGAAGUAGCUUUGGUUCCUGAUCCGUUUAUCCUCAGGUGUUUGAGUAAGGCUUGGCCAUGAGCCACCCAAGGAAAGCCAAGUGGUGGUUUGUGUCCAUAUUUUAGCAUGCAUUUUAAUUUUCUCCUCAGUUCUCAGUGUUCAUUGCCUUUGUUUUUUCCCAGGAAAUGUUUUAGUUUGAACCUUAAAACCAGAUUUAUAUAUUCUAAAAAGAUUUUCUCAGAAACUGUGUUUUAGGAGGCCUCAAUCAUCUGUGUGGGAUGUACAAAAAUUUAAGAAUAAAUAUCAUUUUUAUGUCAUUUCUACACUCCCAAGGGAAAAUUUCAAUUCCCACUUCACCAAAAGGUUAAAUACUAGUUGAUUCAAUGACCACUAUCCUGCAGAAAAUUUGAAAUAGUAAAGGUUAAAUUUUGACUGGUGCUUAGACAUUUCCUCAUUGCAUUAACUCAAGCAGACAGCAGCAUAUUAACCUGAAUCACACCUGUAAGGAACUUACCUUCUAAAUUUGACUUUGUUCUUCAUCUCCAGGGCCUUAAUAAGAGUGUGUUAAAACACAUUACUAUUUUACAAUGAUAGCUCUAAAUAAUUUAUUUUUUAUUUCAAGAAAGAGAAAUACACGUUAGAGAAACAAAACCCAAGAUUUUAUUUUAUUUUUAAAGCCAUAUUUUUGUGCUAGUAGCACUUAGAUUGUUCCAUAUGUGAGAUCCAUAUCAGCAUUUCAUUACCUGGGUUUGUUCUAAAAGAAGAUUUAUUUUUGUUCUGUGAAUAAUUUUUGACGGUUCUUGUACAUGUACAGAUAUAGAUACGUUUGAGGUCUUUUAUUGAUAUUCCUAUGAAGAAUACAAAUAAACUUUAACUUUAAACAUUUCAGA